CAAAAUCGCAGAAACAAACAUCAACAAAUUAGGAUUGACAGGCAAUGGCGGCUAAAAGUUACACUCUUCUGUGCUUAAAAACUUUUCGAUGACAAUUUACACAGUUAAAUAGUAUCUUCUUUUGAAGAUUUUGAUAAGGCAAAAUGCCUACAGCUGAAAUUACCGUAACACUACGUGAAGUACUAGAGUAUCGUGGUAGUCCACUCCUGGAAACAGAAAUAUGGAGUGUACUCCACCAGUCAAUGGUAUACCUACAAGCAAGGUUAGGUGAAGGAAAUACAGGUGUACUGCAUUUCGUUAUUACACCACGUUCCAUAGCUUUUACCUCUGCAGGUAGUGUGAUAUUGUCAACAGAUAGAACCAGUAAAGGGAACCAGUAUGACUCAGCUGUACAGGAUAAGUUGACCUUAUUCUCCCUGGGAUCAUCGCUGAUUGAAGCAGCUGAAUAUGGGCUUCCUAAAGGAAUGCCAGUAAACAUAAGUAAUGAUUUAGAGUAUGUAUUGUAUGCCAUGUGUGAUAAGAAUGGAGAACAGAUACCAGAGGUGUCCCAAUUGAUGGAGGCUUGUGCAGGUUUUCAAGAGGAAAACUUUGGAUUGGACUCCUUUUCCCAGUAUACAAGAGACUUGUAUAAUGCUAUUCUUGGCAGUGGAAGUGAGGGUGAACUGUCCCCAGAUGCUGCUGCCAUUGAUGAAUAUAGCCGCCAUUAUAGUAACAAUUACAACUCCCUGUCUAAAGAAAACAGACCUGCAAGGUCAAGGGGAAAGUACAAGUAUACACAUCAUCGGGACAACAGAAGGCCAAGGUCAUACUCAGGGUCACAAUCUAGAUCAAGAUCAAGGUCAAGGUCACCAACAAGAAGUUAUGGUGAAGAAAAACGCCAUAGAAACCACAAAUCGUCAUCAGACACAUACUUUGAUGGACAGAGUGUGUACCACCCAUCAUCUAUGCAGACAGAAGUCUCCCCAACCACUGGACGGUCAUAUCACCUCUCUGACAUCACUUUCUCUUCACAUCAAAAUGGCAAUCAGAAAGUUAAACAAAGUGAAGUUAAGAAACAAAUUAAACCUAAGUCCAAAUCAUUUGCAACUGGUGAACACAUGGGUCAGUCAGCUUACGAAAAAUACCUAAGGAUAAAAGAAAGGCAGAAGAAGUUGAAAGUUUUAAGGCGUGGGCUGAUUGGUGAAGACAGUGAUGAUGAACAGCCAAUCAGAAUGGCUGAUCGUUAUGAUCACAUGACAGCAGAUACAAGAUCACUUAUUUCAACAACAUCCUAUCAGCAAGGCGCUUAUUCACCAGCUAUUCACAUGCAGUAUGGUUCAGAAGUUGCAUUACGAAUGGGUCGGACAGAAUCAGACAGAGAAAGCAUCAUCAGUAGCGAAGUUUCUGCAUUUAACAACCAGAAUGCUAUGAGAUCCAUGGAACAUCAUUCUCAUCAUGACAAAUUCCUCCUACCACCUCCACCUUCACGACAACCUCCACCCAGACCUCAUGUGUCUAAUGGAACGAUGCCAAAAAGAACCAGAGAUUAUUAUGGACCAGAAUUUGUACACAGGUCAUCUAACCCUAUCAUUAGGAUCCCUAUACCAUUGCAGGGAGAGAGUUUAAAGAAUCCAACUCAUGUUAGACGAGUUGUGAUUGUGUUAUUAACAGGACAGAAACUGGAAGCAAUGUGUGACCCCAGUACAACAGGUCAACAAUUGUUUGAAGCUGUAAUUACUCAUGCAGAACUGCCAGAAUUUUUCUUCUUUGGAUUGUCAUACAUUAAUGAUGGAGAGCAUUUUUUCAUUGAUGGUGAUAGUAAGUUACAUAAAGUAGCCCCUGAGGGAUGGAAGGAUGGAUGGAAAGGAAACAUGCCACCACUUACAUUCACUGUGUACCUCAGAAUGAAGUUUUAUCCAGAACAUCUGGGAAUGUUGAGACACAGUGUAUCAAGACAUCAGCUAUACCUUCAAUUACGACAUGAUUUGUUGGAAGAACGAUUACUCUGUAACGAUGAGAAAACCCUUGCACUCUCUGGAUUAGCAAUACAGGCUGAGUAUGGUGAUUAUGACCAAGAGACCAUGGGCAAGAACUACUUCAUACCAGAGCAUUAUUAUAGUGGGCGUGUCAUCAAACGAGUGGGCGUCGGCUACAUCAGAGAUAACACAGCUGAUUCCCAUUGUAAAUAUACAGGACUAUCACAGACGCAGGCUGAGGUGGAAUUCAUCAAGAUGAGCCAACAACUUCCAGAAUAUGGUGUCCAUUUUCAUAAAUUACUGAAGAAUAAGAAUGACUCCAACAGUUUGACAUGGGUCGGUAUUACAGUGAAAUGUUUAGUGUUGGCAGAUAAUCAUGGGAUACAGAGAAACAUCACACAACAGCUUGGUUGGCAUACCAUCAUGAAAAUCUCAUUCAAUAAACGUAGAUUUAGUGUUCAGCCCAAACCUGACGUAGGACAGACCAAACCACCAAAGAUCAAUUACUUCACUAAUAGCUUUAGAAAAGGUAGAUACUUGCUGCAGUUCUCCACAGCACAACAUAGAUUCCAGUUAAAGAUGAGGGCAAGAGAAACUAAUCCUGAUCAACACGACGUGUUAGAUACAACAGAUAUGAAACAAGACAAUGGUGAAGAUGUUACAUUUACACCUGAGUUCUUACAGGAAAGUUUUAAUAGUGAUGAUGAAAUACAGCACAAAUCUGAUCCUUUACCCUAUAGAUUGCCUCCGCCAUACAAAACAGAUACCAGUAUAAGUAUGAUGGAUUUACGACCACCCCGUGAUACCGGGGAAAGAUUGCAUGCUGCAUCUAUGAGUGAUAUACAUUCUGCAUUACAAAGGGAUGGAGAAAUUGAGGCUUAUGUGAUAGAGCCGAGCAGCCAGUCCCUGGAUAUGGUAGCAUCACCUGUUAAUGAAACCAUUAAUUCAACACUUCAGCAUAGAUUUGACAAUGAGCUCCUUUCUCCAGAAAAACAAAAUGGUGGCAGAAUAUUUGAAGUUGUUCUGGAAAAAGAACCUCAGUUUGGGAUUGGCAUCACCAUUGUAGGAGGGGAAAACCCCAACAAAACAGACCUGGGAAUAUUUGUGAAAACAGUGACACCUGGUGGACCAGCUGACAAAGAUGGACGAAUUCAUCCAGGGGACCGCUUGCUUGCAAUCAAUGACCAAACUAUUGAAGGAAUGCAACAAGCAGUUCAGCUGAUCCGCGAGGCUCAAAACUUUGUGAAAUUAUAUGUGUGUCAGAUAAAAGCACCCAAGUCUGUACGCAGGAAAAUGUGUGAUGAUGUCAUCUCGACCAAGUUAAAACAAUCUAUGGCUGAUCCAUCAGACCCUCUCAUUUAUCAUGAAAAUAUAAACCCAUUGCAUGACGAUUCCGAUGAAAGUUUUGAUGAUGAUGAUGAUGAUGAUGUAUAUAAUUCAGAAUCACCUCAUACUAAUGUAUAUACAGAUGUACAGCAUGAUGUACGCACUGAUGUACAUACCGAUGUAUAUACCGAUGUACAUACAGCUGAUGUAUCUACUAUGUCACAGAUUGAAUCUAUAAAAAGUGAAAUUGUUGAAAUCCCACAACAAUAUGCCCCAUGUAAUACUGUGAUAGAAUCUGAUACAGAUUCAGACUUUGACCAAGCUAUAGAAUGUGUACAGGAAGACAAGCCAUUAAAAGAAGUCCUGCAAGAGGAAGUACAUGCUGAACCAAAUAAAGAAAAACAGAUAAAUGUAGUUCAACAAGAGGAAGUAAUAGUUGAGUCAGUACUCAAAGAAAGGAAAGAGGUGUCUAUAGAAAGUUACGAAGUAUAUUUGACAAAGAAAGAUGGCAGCUUUGGAUUAAAUGUCACAGGUGGUGUAAACACUACAGUUAGACAUGGUGGAAUAUACGUGAAGUCCUUUAUACCUGAUGGUGCUGCUGACACUGAUGGAACAAUACACAAAGGUGACAGAAUACUGGAGAUCAAUGGUAAAAGUCUGGUUGGUGUGACCCACAAACAGGCUGUUGAGAUUAUCAGGGAUGCUACUGAGAGCUGCUUGUUAGUGAUGGAGCGAGGACAUUCUCUAUCAUCAAGAAGUUCUGUGAAGUCAUCUAGAUCUUCUGCAGGGUCUACUGGCCAGCCUGGUACUAAAGACAUGACUGACGUGAAUGUGUCACCGCCAGUGGCAGAUCAGGUGUUCAGAACGAACUCCAAUGCUGACACUGAGGAUGGUAGUGGUACAGGGAGUAAUACAUCUGAGACUGAAUCUAAAAGCAAACCAUAUCCAUUUGUUGACAAGGAUAACACAUUAGAAGUUGAUCUAGUGAAAGGAAAUAGUGGUUUGGGGUUUAGUGUCCUAGGUGUACAGGAUGUACCUGUUGGUGACCCAUCUCAUGGACUACCCAGAAUAAAGAAGAUAUUCCCACUAGGAGCAGCAAUGGAUUCUGGGAAGUUAGAAGUAGGAGAUGUGAUAUUAGAAGUGAAUGGUCAGUCUGUCAAAGAUUUAUCUCAUGCAGGAACAAUGGCCGCAUUACGCACAGCUGCGUGUAAUGUAAAAUUAUUGAUAUGUAGACCUACGUCUGAGCAGUUAGCUCCCCUUAAUCGAUUUGAUAGUGGAGAGCUAAAAUCAAUCUCUGCUCCCAACAGUAUCUUAAAAAGCACUUCUACCUCUCAAUAUGAAACAGAAUCAGAAGAUGAACCAGUCCUGUAUCGUGAUUCAGUGUAUACACCUCCAUCGGGAUUUAAUUCUGAUACCAGCUUCAGAGAGGACAUACCGGUACAUCCACAACAGACUAGUCAACCACGACUACCAACAAGUCCUAUUCCAAUGCUGUUACGAUCGGGACAGUUUGAGUCAGAGGACGAAGAUCUGAAUUCUACCUUGUCGAGUGUAUACCCUGAAGUGGAUAAAUACCAGAUGAAUAAGUACUCAACAUACCAGAAUUUAGUUGUUUCCCCUUUCAGAAUGGGGAGCAGUCAAUCGUACAGUAGUAAUGUAGACAUAGACAGUCAGUCAGAAUAUAGCGAAAUUGAAGAGAUAGGAACUCCAUUUAAAAAUAUUGUAACAGAAAGUACUCCUCGGGAACGUGAGCAGUAUGAAACACAUCCUAUGGAAAACUAUAGUGAAAAUAACACAGUUGAAAAAAGUGGUGACGAAAAAACAGAUGAUGUUAAUGAAAGACCCGGCAGUAGUAAUUCUUAUAGAAGUUGUUCAUCGACUGAUUCUGUGAUAGCUUCACCGAGAAAAGAUUUGAUGCAAAGUCAGAGUAUAAACCAGAGUGAUGGUGAGGAUGGAGAUAUUUCUAACAAUGCAGAUCCAGAAGAAUCAUUAUCACCUAGAAUUGGUGAACUAGAUGUGACCCUGCAAAGGCAGGAUGAAGAAGGCCUCGGUUUCACAUUAACUGGAGGGGCUAGCAGAGGGGGCUGCUAUAUCAAGAAAAUCAUUCCAGGCCCUGCACUUUCUGAUGGGCGGCUACAACCUGGUGAUAAACUCAUCAAGGUGAAUGGUGUUGAUAUGACAAUGUUAAAUCAUUUCGAGGCCGUAACACAUCUCCGUAAUGCUCCGUCUAUUGUAACUAUAAGGGUCUUUAGAGAUCCAGAUACACAGAAGAGUGAAAAAUGCACAGAAGAUGUGACAUCAAUAGACAACAAAACCCAGGGAGAAGAGGAGCUAGUCCUAAGUGACGAGGAGAGUGACCCAGUGACAGAGAGUGCAGAGGCUAGUACUGGUCAGUUUGAGGAAGACAGUUUAAUCUCAACUGACCAAAGUCUUUUGACCACUGAUCAACUGAGCCACUCAAGUUCAGUGGCAUCAGACACUGUGAACUCGGAGAAAAUAGACUCCUAUAUAAAUGAACUAAAGACUAAUUAUGACUUUGACAAUAGUGGUAAGGACAUAUAUGAAUGUGAUAGUGAUAGUGCAAAUAAAAGUGAUAGUGAUAAUAAGGUUGUGAUAUCCCCUCCGGGAAAUAAGCCUGGCCUCAAGUCUCAAGAAAGUGAAGAACUUGAUUCAUUUGGAAUGGAUUUAUCUGAGACUGGCUUAUUAAAGAUUGAGUUAGAAAAACCCCCAACUGGAGAACUUGGCUUUGGUUUGGUCACGGCAGAGAAGGACCAACAGACAGGAGUCUUUGUCAGGUCCAUCACAGAAGAUGGUGUUGCUGAUAGAGAUGGAAGGUUACAGGUCAUGGACAGAAUUGUACAGAUUAAUGGAGAGUCAUUGGUUGGUUUAACUCACAAGAAGGCAGUUACUAUGCUACAUAACAUCAAAGGACAAGUUAUAUUAACUAUAUCAAGAUUAUCAGCCAGGCAGUUAGAUUUGAUGACACCUCCAGUGAUAAUGGAUGAAGAUUACUAUGACAAUGAGCAUUCCACAGAAACAAAUGUAAAGGUCAAACAUGAAGUUGAAGGUCAGUCUUAUGCUAAUGGAGAAAAUGCUGAGAAUAAGCAUGUAGAGGUCAUUGAGGAUGCUACAGAUUCCGAAGAGGAAGAAAUGAAUGAAUUAGUAAUGGCUGCUGAAAAAUUGCUAGCAGAUACGAGCGAAUUUGACACAGAAGAUAUUGUACCACAGAGAAAUGACAUUCAAAGUGAUUUGAAUGAUGGAUCACUUGAAGGCACACUUACUUCACUUACGUCAUUGAAUGAAAAUGAAGAACUUCACACUAGAACUUUUAACAUGUCUUCUCUACCAAGAAAACUAGACAUGAAAGUGCCUGAGGAGGUUAACUUUGAAUGGCUAUGUUCAUGUGUGCCCCUUAUGACCUUGAAAAAUGAUAUGAAGUCAACAGCUGAAGAUGAGGCAAAGAAAUUCCAACAAAAAGUAGAUCAAGGUGACCCAGCUGAGGAAUACAAGGAACUAAGACAAGUUAAAUUGACUGAUAACUGUAGCAUAGCCAAACAACCAGAAAACAAACUGAGUAACAGAUUCAGAAAUGUUCUACCAUAUGACUUUAACAGAGUGUGCUUAACAGGACAGAAUAGUUAUAUCAAUGCUAGUCACAUCACAGCACCUGUAGGAGAGGAGGAAUGCCAUUAUAUCGCCUGUCAAGGGCCACUCCCCCUCACCUCAGAACAUUUCUGGCAGAUGAUCUGGGAACAUGAUGUCUCUGUUGUCAUGAUGUUGACCUUGGAUGUAGAGGCUAGGAAGGUCAAAUGUCACAGAUACUGGCCUGAUUGUACAGAAACACCAUUGUUUGUGUGUGAUAGUCAAUUGAAAGUGAGUUUAGCUGAAAGCCAGUCAUUAGAACACUUUGACAUUAAAGAAAUUGAAAUAGAGAAAGUAACAUCAGGAGAAUUAAAAAGAGUUUAUCAUCUGAACUAUACAACCUGGCCUGACCAUGGGGUACCAUCUUCACCUGUCCCAAUUCUACAGUUUCUACAACUUGGUCAUGUAUACCAUACUAGUGGACCUUUAGUUGUACACUGUAGUGCUGGGAUAGGAAGAACUGGUGCCCUGAUUACUAUAGACAUUGCUCUUGCUAGACUGGAAAGUGAAGGAAAGUGUGAUAUAUUUGAGAUUGUGAAGGACCUAAGAAGACAAAGACAAGGAAUGAUCCAGACCAAAGACCAGUAUUUAUUAUGUUACGAAGCAUGUUUAGCAGCCAUGUUAAGUGCUGUAGGAUAGAUAAUGACAUCAUCAUGUAGUAGUCACAUUACCAGUGCCAUCAGUCUUCAUUCUCCGUCCAUUCUUUCUCUCUCUCAUGUUUUAUAUGCUUAUCAGCAAAUCUCAUGUUUACAAAUAGUGCCAGAAUCUUGUUUUAUUUUAAGUUUUAUUUGCUAUAAUUGUUUUAUUUCCCAGUGGUUGAUUUUAUUUUUUACCUCCAUUUUAUUUUAUUGUGCUUCCUAUGUAUAUAUUUACCUGAUCUGAUGCACUGUUAUGUUAUAUUUGCACAUUAUGAAGGGAUGGUGUAGAAACCUAUCAGAUUGAAAAUUAUAUUUUUCUAAUUCUUUCUGACAUUGUGUGUCCCACUUGCCUAGAUAAGUAAUUUAUAAAAUAAUAUUGCAUGAUAGCCUGCACAUGUAGUGGGUCUCAUUGGGGUCUAAGCGUGACGCGGGGUUGUUGAUUUUUUGUAAGUAUUUCACAUAAUAGGAAAUGAGGUCUAGGGGGACCUGGGAAAUGACAAAAAAAAAAGAAUUGCUCACAUAUAUAGUGUAAGCGGGAUACAGGAUUCUGACAAAACAGUAAGCGGGAUCCGGGAUCGGAACCCCCCAAUGAGACCCCCCAUGUAUAGAUAAAUGAUAUAUCUCUAUGCCAAACUCAGUUUUUGACUGAAUAGUACAGACAAUACAUCGUGUCAAUCAACAUUUAUUUUGCAAAUGGUUAAAAAGUUUUGUGAUAUGAUUCUAUUUUAAUUAUUUAUGACUAUACAAGAAAUAAGGUAUUGUACAAUUUUUUGUGUGUUUCAAACGUUUGUCAGUUGAUAUUUACAAACUUAACCAACUUUCCAGUGUUUGUGGGACACAUUAGUGACUUUUCCAAACACAGUCACAUGUAAAAUUGUAUAUCACAAACUAUCUAUUCAGUAGAGAACUUUUAUAUUUUAACUUAAUGUACGAGUAGACUUCAUUUUAAAUAAUUUUAAAUAGUUUUUAUGUAUCCAUUCAGCAUUUAUUGUUAUAACCUCAUGUGCAAUAUAUUUAUUAAUUGACUUUUUUAUCUUGUUAGUUGGUAAAGGAACGUAUAGCCCUUGCCAUAAGCAGUCUUCCAGCAAUUUUUUAAAAUGUAGCGGUGCUUCUAUGUUGUGAUAUUAAGUAAUUCUAAGUCUCAUAUGUGUUUAUUUUACGUUUUUAACCGUCCUUUUAGUUUGUCUCAACAUGAUGUUUUUAGCAAUUUUUUGUUUUUAUCAAAUAAGUGUUUUAGUACAUCAAAUAUUAAAGUAUGUUUUGAGGUUUAAGGAGUGAAGUUGAAAUUUGUAUUAAGAUAUUUGAAAUAUAAACAGAAAAGGCGGGUUUCAUCUUUGUGAAUUAAUAGGAUUGAUUUCCUUUUGUUGUUAUAUUCCCUGACAUAUACAGUCUAUACAUAUUAAGACAAUAUUAAAAAAUAUUUAAAAAAAAUAUUUUUAAAUUAUUUUUUUGUUCCAAAAUUUAUAUUAAAGUGAAAUUUAAAGAAAUGUUUGUUUCCAAUACAAAUGACAAAAACUUAGAUUUUCUAUUUCAGUAUCAUGCUGCUUUAAACUGCCUGAUUGUUGUGUCAGAUUUGGUUGUUAUUUUUAUCAUAUGUAAUUGCAAAACAUGUAUGUUCAUGCCAUAGAAAUGUAUUCAUAGGUUCUUGUUAAAUUUUUUCCUUUCAAAAUUCAAGGCCAUUUCCACUUAAUUUAUUGUGUGGAAUUAACAUACAGGAAAUUGAUCGCAUCGCUUUAAUUGAACUAUUUUAAACUUCAAAUAGUUGAAAAAAUUAAUUGGUGUUUUGAAUGAAAAUGUAUAACUUUGUUUACACAUCAAACUUCGGAAAUUAUAUUUAAACUCCUACAAAUAUUCACUAAUGUUUGUGUAACUUGUCAGUCUACAUUUGUAUGUUAAUUUUACCAAAAUUUACCACGGAGCUAUAAGGCAUCUAAAUCAAUACAGUUUGCUUAAGAUGACUUUUCAAAUUUUAAUUAUCAAAUUUGAACUUGAGCAAUUUGAUGUUAACACUUGAUACAUUUCAAAACAGCAUAACAAAUAAAAUCGGACUGACAACAUUCAAAUUUGUUUUAAUCAUUUUUGUAUUAAAAAUUGAUGCUAUCAGGGACUUGUUUAGAAGAGAACCUGUGAAUUUAUUUAAAAUGGCUUUCAUUAUGGUUGUGGAAAUUUGAUUGUUUUUGUUAUCCAUUAACACUAGUCUUUCCAGUAAGUUUUGUUAUUCAUUGUUGCUAUUUAAUUGUCAAACUUGUUGAUGUUUUUUUAUAAUAACUGUGGUAGACAGAUGGUCUUGUAUAAAGGUCAAUGUCAUGCAACAAAGAGGCUUUUCAUUAGCUUGCAAGGAUUGUUUUCAAUUUAUAAUAUUUAAAACAGAAAUAAUUCAUGUGUUACUUAGCUUUCAUGCAUUUGCAAUUCAGUUUAAAUCUUAUCAAAAGCUAUUCAGGCCUAUCACAGAUAUUAAAUGAAUUCUGCCAAAGCAGUUUGGUUAAGCACCUAAUUUUUUUGGAACUUUUUUCUAUACAAUUAACAUAUAAUUAACUAUAGCUGUAAGAUUCUUUAUUCUUCUUCUGCAUAUAUCUGUUCACAUUUUUUCAACAUUUCAUUAUAAAGACUUGGUUAGAAACUUUUGAACAUCAUAAUAGAAUAAAGAUAGUAUUAUCCUUAAGCCAAAAGAUUAGACCAGUUAUGUAAACAUAAUUAUAUAUCACGUACCCCAAAAGAUAACCAAAAAUAUUUUUAGGUAUACAUUUUAUGUUGUUUAGUUUUAAUCAUGCUAGGCAAACACCGACCUUAAAUGAAUUGACACAUUUUCAUUCAGAAUAAAAAAAAGAAAAAGAAAUCCAUAAAGAUGAUGUGAUUUUUCUAUUUUUGGAUGUGUUUGGAUAUACGCCUGAGGCGGCCUAUGAGUAACCAUAGGUCACCUCAGGCGUAUUUACCCAUAGGCCGCCUCAGGCAUAUAUCCAAACACACCCAUAGUGUUUGUUUGCAGUGAUCCACCCUAAAAAAUGAAUGAAAAAUGGUUGCAUGUGUUAUUUCACAAUUAAGUUAUUUUGUGAUCAAUUUGUCUAGGGUCAAUGUAUGUCUAGUUUGAAUUGAUGUUCAGAAUUUAAAAAAAUGUUGUAUGAAAAAAAUGAUGGUUCAUAUUAGAAUAUGUUUGUAAACCACAGGGCCUUCACAAGGGAAUUUGUAACGCAAAAAAUAUUCUGCGGUUUCAGGCAUAUUUUAAAAGUGAACACUGCAUUCAUUGUAGAGAGAAAAUCUAAUAUUAAUUAAUUUAAAAUCAUUUAGUAAAAUUCCUGUGACAUUACCAUUCAUUUCAUUGGUAAUUUUAGUAUUUCAUUAUUUUUGCAACAAAAAUAUCAAAAGAUUAAAAACAGCUUUAUCAUUAAAAAUCUGACUACAAAUUAUUGUGGUAAGAUAUUUAGAUAAGGUACAUUCCAUAUAUUCUACUAUAGUAAUGCAUUGAUGUCAUUAUUAGACUUAUAUAUUUAUGUAACAAUAAACUUACCAAAACCUUGAAAGAUUUGUUCUUUA